CUGCGCCUCGUCGUCGUCGUUGUUGUUGUUGGAGUUGGAGUUGUUAAUGUCAUUGUUGUCGUUGGUGUUCUUCUUCUCCUUCUUCGUAGCCUUCGUCUUCUUCUUCUUCCUCUUCUUCUUCCUCCGUCUUCUUCGUGAUAGACUACACAGGCGGGAGUCUGGCGAUUCAUUUCGGCCUUUCCUCCAUCCUCCUCCCUCUAGCGCAGCGUUUUCACGUCAUCUCCUUGAAAUUCCGUAGGUCUCGAUUCUGCGUUUCGUCGCAAGGGAGGGGUGAGUGAUACGAGGCUCUUCAGAUUGGAAAGACGCCAGGUAGACAAGGUUUGCAGGUUUGAUAGUUGGAUUACGGUGUGAGGUCCUUAGGGUGAAGGAUAGUGGAGGUGUUGAUGUGUUGUGGUAGAUAUCGGGCAGGAAUCACGUGUAGAAUUGGCUAGAGUCGGGGAUAGAAGGGGGGAGAGUUGCAGGCAAUAGUGGAGGGUGAAGAUCUCUGUGCUUGGUUAGGCCGGUGGCUAGAGUUUCUCUUCAUUGAUUUUCUCGUUCGACGAGUUGCAGUUGUGGACGUGAGAGGUUGAGAGGUUUGGUUGUACCGUUUUGGCUAGAGAGCACCCUUGUUAGAUUAUCUUCAGUAGGGUCUCUUUCCGGCUGUUUUUGUUAAAUUCCGGUGGAUUGACUUGAUUGAAGAGUUUUGAGACUCUUUGCAGUGGUGCAUCCAAGAAGCACGUGGUGAAUUUCUGGAGUUUCGAGCAAUUACCACCAAGAGCACAGAGAGAGACUUUUGACGAUACUCGAAAAAAAUUGAAAAAAAGAGAGAAAAAUAUUGGAAAAAAAAAAAAAAAAAAAAAAAACGAAAGAAAAACAGAGACUUGGGACCACUAGAUAAGGAGAGGGUAACAUUGGUUGGUAGAGAUCGACAGUGACACCGGAGGGAGGGAGAUUCCUAGAAGCAAAGCAUGAACAUGCAACUAGGGGUUGCCGAGCUUUAGAAUGUUUCAAUCUAUAUUAACCCGAGGGCACAGUUGUGGCUUGUGAAAAUGCUGCUCAUGCUGUUGGGAUCAGAGGUUUUGUUACCUCGAAUACCAGGGGUUCCGCACAACCGCCACUUCUGAGAGACAUCAUUCUUGGAAUCGCUCUUUCUUUAUAUUCUCUUUUACUCUACAAAAAAAAACGCACUGUAGUGAGAUUUGAUGGCACAAACAUCUAUGGCAGGAUCCGGUCCAAAUGCUCAAGUGCAAGCCAAAGCCAAAGCCAACAAUAAUUCCGCGGUCAAGGAUCAGUUGCAAAGUAACAACCAGAAUGCAGCUGGCAACGCGACUAUCAACCCAAGGUACUCAUCCUCUGCUCCAAUGGACAUGGCUUCUGUGGCUCCUCCUUCUUCCGAAGGUGCUACGGAUGGAACAGUCUCGAAUGGAAACGGAAGCGCUGCUCUGAAUGGAAGUGACAACUCGAGUUUGAAACAUGACUCAGGAUUGGCCCUGGAAUGGAGUGCAGAAGAACAAUCAAUUCUGGAAGAAGCUCUUAUCAAUCAUUCCUCCCAGAUGAAUAAUCUUGUCAAGUAUAUUAAAAUAGCCGCUCUUCUCAACGAAAAAACUGUGCGGGACGUUGCUCUCCGUGUGCGAUGGAUGACCAAGAAGGAGAAUGGGAAGAGACGAAAAGAUGAGGUGCAAACCGCGACUAAGAAGACCAAGGACAAAAAGGAUAAAGCAGAGGCUACAUCGAAGGCAAUGCCUGCCAGCAACGUUCUUUCGAGGUCGCCAAUGCCGAUGUAUUCCCCUCCCAUCGACAACGACGACGGGAUCUCUAAUCAUGCUAUUGGAGGAGAGACAGGGGUCCUUCUUGAGCAGAAUGCUCAAGUCAUUGCUCAGAUCCGCUCUAAUCUUGCAUCCAUGAAGAUGCAGGAAAACACGGAUCUACUGGUUCGGUUCAGGGACAACAUUUUUGCAAUUUUGAACGGGAUGACGAACAUGCCAGGUAUAAUGAGUCAAAUGCCGCCAUUGCCAGUGAAGCUUAAUACAGAGCUGGCAGACAGCAUUUUGCCCAAGUCCCAAGCGUCGACUCCCCUUCUACUCCAAUCGUAGGCAGAGAGAGAAAAGUGCAGUACUUGCCUACUGGCUACUCCUUUGUAAAUUACCUUUUUGGGUAGCUUGUGUGGCACGUACAUUCAUGCACUCGCUCACAAAUCACUAAUGUUUUCCUCUCUUGUGAAUUUUCACUCGAGUGUUGGGGUAUUAAACCACGACAACGUCAAUCCAAACACGGGGUCUAGUUAUUGCUCUCUUUUGUUGACUAUUGGAACCAGGUAGUUGCAUCAGGUUUGAUUUAGCUGCGGGAACAGGUUUCAGGUUCAUGCAAUAAUUGGAGUAGAGAAGAAGAGAUGAGGUUAGUUCAAGGAUUGUUCUUAAGUACCCGUGAAGAAUGAUAGGUAACCAUGUUGCAAAUGGGAGGGUAGUGAAAACUUGAUUAAUCUGAAAUGGCUAAUUCCAAAUUUUUGUUGGUCUAGAUGCCGUGCUUUAGAGAUAUUUUCCACCAUUCAAUAAAGUGUCUGGUAUAGUGCAAACAUGA